AUGAUGCCACACCAACCUGGUCAGCAGAUAGGGCCACGCAUGCCAUCUCAGAUGCCUCCGAUGCAGUAUCCUGCGCAGCCGCCGAUGCAGCCACCGAUGCAGCCACCGAUGCAGCCUCCAAUGCAGCCCAUGCCAGCGAUGGGGAGUGCUUGGCCGCCUUCCCGACCAAAAGCGCCCACGGCCAUCCCCCCGCACUGGACUGCGCAGACUGCAGGCUACAACCCCGCUGGAGAUCCGUUGCUAGGCCUAUCCGUCGGCCAGUCCUUCGGCGGCUCUUUCGGCUUUGCCGGGACACCAUCGCCGACAAACACUGGCCAGCCCGCCAGUUUUGGAGGAGCUGCUGCAGCUUCGAACGAUGUUCCUAGUACAGAUGAGAACGGCGUGCUCGCCGGCCAUGGGGAACAAGCUGUCGCAGGCGGAGGAGGCCACGACGAGCACCAUCACGAGAUGUGGUUAGUGCAGAGCAUCCAGGCAAGCCCAUGGAGAUUCUAUUUCGGCGGGUUUUGCUGCCUUCUGUCGUGCUUCCUGCUCAUCGCUGUUCUGUUGCUGCUGGGUGUUCCGAUUCUGGACCCCCGCCCAAAUGAUAUCGUGCCGGUCAUUCUUCGAGAACACAUUGUCAAGAAAAGGCAGGAUGCAGGCCGAAGUCUCAAAGAGGUUGCCUUGGCUUGUCCUGGCUGUGAAGAUUUGAUGGAGCGAUCUGAGCGAAUGUUCUAUCUGCACAUCAUAUACGAAGCGGAACACGAGUCUGGCACUCUCUGGGAAGCUGACAUUCUCCAAAGAAUCCAUGAAGUGGAGCAGAAAGUCUUCGAGGCAAAGGGCCUCGGACCCGAUGGCAAGGAGUGGGCUUUUACGGAUAUGUGCUUGCUGGCGAAACCUGACGAAGGGCUCAAGGCAUUGGGUCGGGAGUUACCGAAGACACCGAAGUGUGCCUUCGCACUUUCUCCCCUUCUUUUCCUGGCAGACAAAGUGCUGCCUUUAGCCGACCCUCCACCGUUUCAACUGAAAAACCUACGCCGGACGGGGUAUCUGUGGAUCAACGAGUCGCACCAUCAGUGGACAGAUCACUUGACGCGCUGUGUAGUACCUCCCGAGGAGGCACAGAAGGAAGAGAUGGGAAAGGUCACUGGCAGUUGGUUCAUGAGGAAGGCCACGGAGUAUUACGACAAAAGGUUGGGCCAGGACCCCAGCGAGGACAUUGUGGAUUCCUGGUGCAGCGCUGCAUCCAGCCAUCUGCCCUCGGAGAUGAGAAAUUGUGGCUGCCUGGCCCUUGUCUACAACGAUGUCCAAAUGGCACAGAACUGGGACAUCAGCCUGCAGCAGAUGUGGGAUUUCGAGAAGGGCUUCAAAAAGCUCAAGAACCCCGAGUUGGCCCGAG